UUGAAAUGCUUUCGAUUUCAGGAAGGGAAAUGCCGCACAACAAAACAAAGUUCGAAAGAACGAGAAUCAAGAAAGGAGGAAUUGAAGUCGAGGCAAAGCGAAUAUAGACAAAGAACAAAAAGAGACGAACUGAAGUCGAGACAAAGCGAGCGUGCUAGGGAAAAAUCAAAAAAUGACGAACCUACUUCUAAAUCUAAACAAAGUGAACAAUCUAAAAUGAAGUCUAAACGUGAGUCAAAACGGGAGAGUGAAGGAAGCAAGAAAGAAGUAAGCAAAAGGCCGACAGUCACUACACAGCGCACAACUGGUGCAACCUCAACAACAGAUAGGAAGGAAAAGAGAUCUGAUCAGGAAAAGAAAGCUAAUCGUAUUCGAAAGGACAAAGCUGAAAGACUCGAUCGUGCCAUGGCUCUUUAUGCGGCUCGCGCAGAGAGGGGAGCCAAGAAAGGUCAAGCACGUCGUAAAAACUAUUUCCAAGCCAUGGACCAGUACCAAACAACUAUCAUGGGAGGUGGAACUACCAUAGGAGGAGCAACUGCAAUUAAUGAAAGAGAAGACGAAGAUUUCGCGGAAAAGGUUCCGAUUCAUUUGAAAAGGCUCGUAAUCUGA